CGCCGACCGAGCGGCUGGCUGCCACCACGCCUCGCCUCGGGGCGAGCAGCAGCAGGAGGGGCAGGCAGGGCAACAACUCUUCUCUCCUCUCUUUUGGUAGAUCCACCACCACCACCACCCGCCCGCUUGCUCGCCCACUCCGCCUGCCUUGCUCCGCUUCGCUUUGCUUCUGCUCUGCUCGGCUCUGCUUGCGGGGGUUUGGGUUUGGGUUUGGGGGGCGCAAUGCGGUGAGGUGAGGUGGUGGGGCAAGGGAAGCGGAGCUGCGGAGGAGAGGAGAGGGAGAGGAGACGAGGCGAGAUGGGGUGCGCGCAGUCGCGGAUCGAGAACGAGGAGGCGGUGGCGCGCUGCAAGGAGCGGCGGCAGCUGAUGAAGGCGGCCGUCGCGGCGCGGAACGCCUUCGCCGCCGCGCACUCGGCCUACGCCGCCUCGCUCAAGGACACCGGCGCCGCGCUCUCGGAGUUCGCGCACGGGGAGGGCUUGCCCCCGCAGCCGCCGCCGGAGGCGGCGGCCGAGACGGCGGCGCCCGUCGCCGCGCAGGGCGGGAUCGGCGCGGCAGCUGCGGGUGCCUCGGCGUCGGGCGCCGACGCGAUAAUGCCGCCGCCGCCGCCGCUCGACUCGCUGCCGCCGCCGCCGCCGCCUCUGCCGGAUUUCUCGCCGUCGCCGGCGAAGAUCCACCGCUCCAUCAGCAUGCCGAUGCCGCCGUCGUCCGGCAACAAGAAUCCCGGCAUGCUGCGCAGCGACUCCAUUAGGGAGGAGGACGAGGACGAGGAUGAGGAAGAGAGGGAGGAGGAAGAGGAGGAUGACGGCCAACUCGACGACCGUCGGCAGCGGUUGCGCCACCGCCCGCCGGUGCCCCCGCCCUUGUCGCCGCCGCCGCCGGAGACGCCGGUGACUCCUCAGCCUCCGCCACCGCCUCCCCCGCACCCGUCGGAGAUGAAGGCCGGAGUUGACACGUGGGACUAUUUCUUCUCCAUGGACGAGGAGAUCAUGGCGGAGCAGGAAGACAAGUACGUCCCGCCAUCGCCACCGCGCCCGCCUCAUUCUCCUCCGCCGCCAGCGGUCGUGCCGCUAUCUGAGGAGUUUGAGGAGGAGCCGCGGACGCCGGAGAUGGCCACUCCACCUGCGUCUCUGCCCCCGAUGCCGGCGAAGCACUCGUCCAAAAAGAAGGGAAAGGGGAAGCUUAAGGCGGCGCACCAUCAACACACUGAGUCGGCGCCGCCGGUCACACUGGUCACCGGUGGUAAGGCGGGUAAGGUAGCCCACGCCGAGAUGCCGCGUGUCGACCUCCUCCGCGUGCUUGCACAAAUCGACGACAGGUUCUUGAAGGCGUCAGAGAGCGCCGGUGAGGUAUCCAAGGCGCUGGAGGCCAACAGGAUGCAUUACCACUCCAAUUUCGCCGACAACCGAGGGCAUAUUGAUCAUUCUGCAAGAGUCAUGAAAAUAAUUACAUGGAAUAGAUCCUUCAAAGGAAUGCAAAAUGGUGAUGAUGGGAAAGAUGACUUCGAAAAUGAUGAAUUGGAGACCUUGGCAACUGUAGUAGAUAAGAUCUUAGCAUGGGAGAAAAAGCUCUAUGAUGAAGUGAAGGCUGGUGAGAUUAUGAAGCUUGAGUAUCAGAGGAAGGUUGCUUUGUUAAAUAGACAAAAGAAACACAAUGCUGCCAUUGAGGUUCUUGAGAAAACAAAAGCUGCGGUAACGCACUUGCAUACUAGAUACAUAGUUGAUAUGCAAUCAAUGGAUUCAACUGUGUCAGAAAUUCAGCAUCUCCGUGAUAAUCAACUUUACCCAAGACUAUUGGAUCUUGCUGACCGGAUGGCAAAAAUGUGGGAGGACAUGCACAUGCAUCACGCAAACCAGUUGGAAACUGUCCUAAAUCUGAAGUUAGUUGAUAUUUCUGAUGCCAGAAUUGAAACAAGUGAUUAUCACCACAGCCACACACGGCAGCUGCGAUAUAUUGUAGAUAAGUGGAUCACAAAUUUUACUGACCUCAUGAACUAUCAAAAGGAAUACAUAAAUACUCUCUAUAGCUGGUUGAAGUUGAACCUUAUACCCAUAGAGAGCAGCUUGAAGGAGAAAGUAACAUCGCCACCCAGGAUGCAACAACCUCCUAUCAAAGCAUUUCUUCAAGCCUGGAAUGAGCACCUAACCAAGCUGCCUGAUGAUCUUGCCAAGACAGCCAUUGUCACUUUUCGAGCAGUCUUGGAUACCAUAUUAGGUGUUCAAGAUGAGGAGUUGAAACAGAAGGAGACCUGUGAGCAGACUCGUAGGGAGUACAUGCGUAAGGCCCGGGCUUUUGAGGACUGGUACCACAAGCAUUCACAGCGCAAAGCGUCCGACGUUGAUCCAGAGAGCGGCGAGGGGAUAGGACAUAAGGAUGCAGUCACAGAGAAGAAAUUCGCGGUGGAGAGCUUGAAGAGCAGGCUUGAUGAUGAGAUUGAAUCCCAUAAUAAGCUAUCAAAGCAGGUUAGGGAGAAGUCCCUCUCGAUCCUGAAGGCACAUCUGCCAGAGUUGUUCCGGGCUCUGACCGACUUCUCCAGCGCCUCUUUUGAUAUGUACUCAAAGCUGAGGCUGAUGUCAUUGAUGCAGGAUCAGGGAAACAAUUAGAUGGAUAAUAUGUACAGGAGUUAGGAUCAGUAAUAUCCCUCUGUCUGCAAGUGUUGUAAUGCAUGUGCUGUCCUACCCUUUUUGUGGUAUGUGUAAUAGGCUAGUAGCUCUUUAGGUGAGGAUAGUUGGGGAUGGUGCCUGUUCUUGUUUAAUUUAUUGAAUUGAUGAAUUCAUCGGGUACUUUAGCGUGGACAUGCUGGAUAGUUAGCUUGUGAUGAACUGGUUUCCCAUCUGUGAGGGUGAAAGCCGUGGUCUAUGUAAAUGGCAAAUUUUGUUGUGAUAUUCACCCUCCAGUUUUCUGAGGCA